AUGCAGCAUCACCAGGCCGGUAGUUCAUCUACGAGCGGUAUUAACGAGACAGCAGCGGCUGCUUUUCAACAACAGAACCGACCCACUCUGUCCGCGUUUGUCCAUGAGGAAAGGUUGCACAUAACGGAGGCUUACUCGCGACUAUUUUUCUUGACCUUCUAUCACUUUACCACGGAAGUCCUCAGGAAUUACUGCUUGCCGUCGACUUCGCAACACCAACGGAAC